AGAGAUGUAUAAAGGCUAGAUGGCUCAAGGCGGAGUCAGCUGUGUCGUCACUUGGCGGCCAUCUUAGGUCAGUGCUGCCAUAGUGCUGCUCCCUGCUGCUGUGGACGGAAGAACUUCUGAUUACGCUUGUGGAAAAUGCCUGAUUUUUGUGCUGCCUACGGCUGCACCAACGAACGGAGCCUCCAAACCAGAACGCGUGGGAUCACCUUUCACAAGUUUCCCAAAUGUAGCGAGCGCCGGAGACAGUGGGAGCGUGCCCUGAGAAGGGAAGGUUUUGUGGCUAAUGACAGAACACUGCUCUGCAGUGAACACUUCAGAAAUGAAGAUUUCGACAGGACAGGGCAGACUAUCAGACUCAAAGCUGGAGCUGUUCCAUCUGUCUUCAACUUCCCUGCUCAUCUUCAGAGGCCGGUAGCACCAAGAAGCACACACGCUUCAAGAAAAGCAGGAGAAAACCAGCCCAUGUACCCCGAGAAGGAUCAACCUCCACCUGAUGUUCCACAGCCAUCCACUAGAGAGAGGCAAAGGAGUCGGAAGAGGAAGGCCCCUGACCACCAAUAUGCAAUGCCUUCCUCUCCAAAGGCUCUUAAGGCCAAACUUGAUGCAGCCAUGGCCACAGUGCGUAAAAUGUGGCGGGAAAAGAGCAAUGCCUUGGCAAGGGUAAGGAGGGCCAGGAAGAACAUGAAGGCUCUUCUGGAGGAGCUGAAAGCUAAGAACCUCAUCAAUGAAGAGCUGAAUGACAAGCUGGAAUGCUACUCGGAUCUUCCGGUUCACCUCCUGUCAAGACAGGGUGCAGAGUACACCCAGGCCCAGAGAGACUUUGCGCUCACUCUCCACCUGCAUGGUCCUAAGGCGUAUCACUACCUGAGAGACGACCUGAAAAUUCACCUUCCACAUCCCAGUUCCUUGAAAAGGUAUUCUUCGUCUCUAAUUUCAACUACAGUAACAACUUCAGCUACAAAAGCAAUGUGACAGCACAGGAUGACACAGAGUCCCUACCAGCUGAUCAGUCUGCUGUUCAGUCCUACCGCAUAGACACAUCUACCAACCUGUCGGCUGUAGAAAUGUCCUCUGCAGAAGGAGAAGAUCUCCCUUCCCCGUUUGCAGACAUUCCUGCCCUUGUACAAGACCACAGCUAUCUUCCCAAGAAGUUUGAUGGUCUGCUUGUGUACAUUUCAGGAUUUGUGGUGCGACGCACACUAAAAAAGCUUUCCUGUGAUGUCUGCCGGGCAAGCCUGUUGAUGGAUGCUGAAUCUGCCAGUAAGGACCAGAGCUACCAUCUGCUGACGCUGAAAAAGAAUGGAGGGCUUGUCAUCCCAUCAGCAGGCACAGUGAAGGUCGUCAGGGCAGCAGAGUGGGUUGUUCGGCAGGCAGUAGCAGAUUCCAGGAGAUCGCAACCCAUCAAACUGCUGGAGGUCCUCUACAUGGUGAGGAAGAGGAUAGGUGGAGAGGAUGUGUUUUUGCUCGGGGAGCACAUCACUGACACGUGAUAUGGCAUUGACAGUCACCACCAUACACUCUUGACUCUGGUUGUGUCCCUCUUCUUCAAGCUAAGGCUGCACCACAUUGCGAAAAUGUCAACGCUUAGCUUGCAGAAAGACAGUGUGAGACAGAAGCUCACAAAAACUGUCCUUUUCAAAGGGCAGUAGCGCAAACUAUUUGUGCACUUAAAGCAGUGGUCUCAAACUCCCGGCCCGCGGGCCAUUUGCGGCCCGCCCUCCCCCUCUCUGCGGCCCGCGUCACCUUUCAGAAAUAUAACAUAAUCUGGCCCGCAGAAAAUUUUUCAUUCACUUUGUUUUAUAUUCGUUUGAUUUUUGAUUUAAACGUUCUAGUGUUCGUUCACAUGUCGCGUCUAACAACGCGUUAAAACGAGUCAAAGCAUUUACUUUCCAAAGUGCUCGGGAGCGGAAGUUGCGCUCCGUGGCGUGGGUCGCGUCACCCGUUGCUACGCAGCCAUGAACCACGCGCUCCGUAUGUCGAGGAUAACGGAAUGCGUGAUCGGAUUUUAAUUCCUCAACUGAACCUCGCGUCAAUCAUAUCAUUGUAACCAUGCGAUCAGUUAAUCUGGUCGGGACUUUGUAGUGUUUGUCCAGAGAAGAUUUGUUACUUCCGGGUGGAUACUCAGCUGUUACUCAGAGAAGAUCGAGCUGCGAUGGGGUUAGUUCACAUCAACAAGUCACAGCAUCUAAUGGAGACACCGCAUAGAGAGGCAGAGCGGUAGAUGUAAUGCAACACAUUUUAAACUACAGAUAAGAAAAGAGCCAUCAAAGUGCCCAGGUUAAGAAAAGAGAAAAGAUGUGAAGAAAUGUACAGAAGAUUAAAGUAUGUAUACUGCUAUAUAUAAUGAAGUAUAAUAUAUUAUCAUGUAGCUUACUAUUCAAUUACACAUAGAGCAGUAUUAUUUUU